AUAAUGGUGGUGUCCUUGGUUGUUUGUGCUUAAAUGAUAUAUUUUGAUAUGUUUGCAGGUCAAAAGUAACAACGGCAGAGCAAUACGAAAAAUUGUGUGAUAUGAUGGCCACGAAAAGAGAUAUUGCGCAGGGCUUCCAAAAGCGACCGAAGGAAGAAGUACAGGAGUUUUGGGAGGAGGUUGCAAGGAAUUUAAAUGCACUUGGCCCACCAACAAAAGAUUCCAAUACAUGGAGAAAGGUCUGGAUUGACUGGAAAUGCUACAUGAAGCGAAAAUUAUCGCAUAACAAAAAAGAAAGGAUGAGCACCGGUGGAGGUCCUUGCCGUUUACAACGCAUAAGCCCACUUGAUGAAAAGGUGAUAGCUUUGACGGGUUUGGAAACGGAUGAUAUCCCUUCAACCAGUAGAGCUAGCAGCCAAAAUAGAGAGGCGAGAGCAGACAAGCAGAGCACUUCUUCAUUACUUAAGCAACAGAUACAAAUCAAAAAGAAUUUUAUGCAGAGACGAAAAAAUUCAAUGAAGCUGCCUUUGGUAAAAUGGAAGAAGUUACUUCAUAUUUACGACACAUGAAUCGUUCUCUAGAAACUUUGGCGGAGACUGCAGUGAAGCAACCUGAAGAACAGAAGCGACACAAUAGAAUUAAGGAAGAGCUGGUGAAGGAAAAAGUAGAAAUAAAAAUGCAAAUGC